AUGUCAGAUGAAUUUGGAGUUGUAGGUGAAGUUGAAGCUAAUGGAGAAUAUGCAGCAGAUGGAGGAGUUGAAGCAGUAGCUCCUCUAUUAGUUGAGGAUAAUGUUUCCACAGAAGCUGCUCAAGGAACAAGUUCAAACGCAUCAAUUUCACCAAAUAGUAGUCAUUCAACUGGAUCGGUACGUGACGAACUACGUACAUUAACAGGCAGCAUUACACAAUUAAAUACAUCCUUGAACAAACUUGAUGGCCACAUAGUUCGAUUAGAAAAAGUCGUACUAUCGGUUUUAGUUCUUAGCUCAAUUACAUCAAUUAUGUUCAUUAUUCAUACUAUGAAAAAAUAA